AUGCAUGUAAACAUAACCUACAGGGCCCACGGCAAUUAUGAGAAUGCCAUCAGCCAGGGCCACCAAGCCUUCCUAUUGGAGGAGGACAAGUGCUCCAGGGAUGUCUUCUGUUGUAAUGUGGGGAACCUCCACCCUGGGUCGAAGGUGGCACUCACCCUGAAGUAUGUGCAGGAGCUGCCCCUGGAAGCAGAUGGCGCCCUGCGCUAUGUGCUGCCAGCUAUCCUGAAUCCUCGGUACCAACUCUCUGGAGGGCCUGAGGACAGUUGCCUUAAUAUGAAGACUCCUGUAGUCCCUUUGGAGGACCUGCCUUACACACUCAGCUUGGUUGCCACCAUCACUUCCCAGAAUGGCAUCCAGAGAAUCCAAUGCAACUGCCCCUUGAGUCCCAUUGAGUACCUUGGAGAUGAGAAGACAUCUGCUCAGCUUCCCUCUCCCCCAUCCCCCCCACCCCCAAAUCGGGAAGCCCCUAAGCCCUUCUAUAUAGAAAUUCAAGGGAUGGACCCUGAUCAGCCCUUCAGUUAA